AUGGCUGAAUAUGGAUUUGACGAUCAAACCGAAGUUCGCCAACACGGAAAUGCUGCCAUCGACUUGUUAUCUGAAUCACAAUGCCACGAAUUCGAGAAUUUCGAGGUACCGAGAAAUAUAUAUCCUACAUUGGAUCCACAGAAGGGUAUGCCCUCAUCGCACAUAGACCAUGAGCAUACUGAAGACGACACCGUCCCGAGGGAUUCAGAUGACUACAAUUCGAUGUGUGAUGCUUCGGAUGUCUUGUAUCCGGACUCUGGGUGCGACACAUAUCACAAUCCGGCGUUUGCAGCCUUCCGGGGUUCAGAACAGAAUCAACACGAAGACUCCACAGGCAUUUUUACUGAUGCGGAGGAGUACAUUAAUAUCGCUGCUAAAGGUUAUAAUGUUGCCUCUGCUGUUACUGCGGGGGCAGUCUACGGGACUGAAACGAUUGGAAUGUAUGGCGGUGGUUCGCCGUAUCCUGAUGAUCACACUGCAACAGGUAUCAUCGGUAGAGACGCUGAUGGAAUGGCAAGUGACUUAACGGAAGUUGAUCUCAGCAAUUCCGAUGAGGACUUCAGAGUUGAACGUAAGGGUACUCGCCGCUCUGCCGGUAAACCUCGCAAGGGUAAAGGUAGCCGGCAAUCACGUGGAAACAGUGGUUCCGACAGUGGACCAGCGAGGUCUAAUGGUAAUUUGUACAAGAGAAAGAAACAAAAUCCGAAUGGGGACCCUCGUGCAUUGGGGAUGAAAGGUGGUCCAAUACACACGGACUCUAUCGAAUCUCUAAUCGAGGCUGUUGGUGGUGGCAAUGAGUUCAUGGAAUCAUUUGCUAGCGCCCCUGUAAUGAUCCCUGUAGCUGCGGAGGUGCCUUUUGCAGGUGUUGCAGUGGGAGCAUAUCAUGGAGUGAAUCCCAUUAUCAUUAAUGGCUCUCAUCAAACGAUAUUAGGUGGGAUCGGCCCUGGCAGUGAGAGCCAUGAGUUCGCUAACGGUGCCAAUUGUCAACCGUUAUACAACGAUAUGGGUGAACCAUACCAGGUUUUGGGGCAUAUGAUCAAUCAACAGCCGACUCCGAUGGAUGUGGCCCACUAUCCGAUCCCUAGCCCAGAGCAUAUGGGUUAUAACAACGGAAUAGGCCCCGGCCACAUGGGUUCUGACGAUAUUAGCACUGCGGUAUCGCAUCAAAAUCAUAGUGAGCCUGAAACCAAAGAUAUAGAGACUACUCCAAUGCCCUAUAAUGGUCUCGAUCUCGGGCAUACAGAGAGUGGGUUUAUAGAUGCGAAUGUGGCUGCCGUUAAGAACGAGGAGCGCACUGAUAAGGAGAGCGAUGCGGCUGAGAGUAAGACGCAGAUAGUAAAGCAGGAAAUUGAGCAUUACGUGGAGGAGGCGGAUAAGUACUGCAUGUGGUCCCUUAAUCCACAAACUGGAGACCAUGAGUUUGACCCAGGGCCUCUUGCAGUGGAUUUCUACUGUAACGUCUGUCAGACCGCACUGCCUCUUGGUACGUUCCGUAUCCGUUGUAUGGAGUGUGUUGACUUUGAUCUCUGCAUCCCCUGUGCUUGCAAAGGAGCUGAGAAGAACGAUCACAAAAAUGACCAUAGUUACACCCCUAUUUCUCCACACUCUUUCACACUUUUUGGUGAUUGGAAUGGUGAUACAGAGCUUCUUUUACUGGAGGGUAUCAGCAAAUACGGUUUUGGUAACUGGAAUCAGGUGGCUGACAUGGUAAAUCGUCGAAGCGUUAAGAACAAGUCCGCCGUAGAGUGCGAAAACCAUUAUAAUGAGUUUUACAUUCACUCGCCAUGCAGUCCUUUUCCGGAUAUUCGCCGUAUGAUGACCCCCGUGAGUAAUCGGCAGGCAAUGGACCAUUUGCAGAAUUUCUUCAACGUCGUGCAACAGGCACAUCGCGAUGACAAGCAUCGUUCUUGGGAGAUAUUCCCCUACUCCGAUGUGAAUGUCAACCAUGUGGACAUAAUCCCGCCACCGCUUGACGUUCGCACCGCCGGUAGUGCGCAGCUCAAGUUUUUUCAAAACUUCCCUGGAUAUAACGUGUAUAGAGAUGAGUUGGACCCUGAGCAUAAUAACGAUGCUGAGUCUAUAAUCAAGGAUUUGGAAUUCGAACCUUUGGACACUCCUGCCGAAGUAGACUUCAAACUUCGUGUGGUAGAGAUUUAUAACUCCAUGUUAGAUGACCGCAUAUACCACAAGCGAAUAAUGAUACAUCGUUUUUGGGGAGACUAUCCCACGAGAGAGGUUGGCCUGCAGUCCAUGAACCAGAUAGAAAAGGCCGCUUACUGGAGGCUUACCCCUCUUAUGCGGUUCCACACUGAGGAAGACCACCUGAAAUUGACUAAAUUAAUUGUGGCUCGUAUUGAAAUUGAGAAGCGGUUACGUCUAGUGAGCACUUGGCACUCUCUUGGUCUGCGCACUCUUGAAGAGGUUGAAAAGUUCGGGUUACAGAGGUUUCCCUCUGCUCAUGCCACUGGUCAGAAUGCACAUAUGCAUCCCAUCGCUCGAAGCUUGCUUAGCAAUGGUUUUGACGGUAUGGAGAAGUUAGAUGAGUUUUCUGAGCAGCAGUGCAUGGAUUUAUGCAACGACCUUCUUAUCUCUAGGGAUCAGAUGGAUGAGCUGUUAACUGAGAUCGGCAAAUUGAGUUCUGAUUUGCCGGUUUUUAAAAGUGGUAGCGUAUCAGUUAUUCCUACAUGGGACUAUUGUUUCAGCGAUAGUUCCCAACCAAACAAGAAUGUACCUCCUGUGACUCUAGGUCCUUUGACAUUGGCUGCUGCGUCUGAAGAGUAUUGGCACCCAAGGAUCGUGCUUGAAGGUAGUGGUCCUCACGAGAUACCUGAGGUGGACAUCAGCGGUACCCGUUUUUCAUCUGCGGUAGCAUCUGUUGUCCAGCAGUCUCAGGCGUUUUCGGGUGUCAACUCUUGUGUUUACGUUGCUAAGUUUAUACCCCAAUAUAAGAGUGGUGUGAGGAAGACUACAAUUAAGCGUCGGCGUCGAUCUUCAUCUAACGAAUACGUCAAGCGUGGCGGUGUUCGUAGGUAG